AUGGCUGUGAAACUCGUCAACCUGAAGCAGCGACGGCCUCUUUUUUGCUCGGCGUGCGAACCUCUCUGGAUGGUUUGUUCACCAUGUGAUGAGGAGUUGGUGAGGGAUGCCUUGUCGAGAGAGCAUGGCGAGUCCGACGAGUUGGGCAGGUCAUCUGAAUCGGAGACGUUUAUGCGUGUUGGUUUGCAUCCAGUCGGCGAAUUUCUGCUUCUUGAUGACGUCAGCCGUCCCCCGUUAGAAACGCCAAGAAAAACACCACAUAUCAUGGGUCUUCUGGCUUCAAACAGUCUCCGUCUACUCAUCGGCUUGAUCAUAACCAUCGGCCUCAUCGCCUUCCUAUCACCAUCUUCAGUACCAAACGUCAAAAUCCCCGACUCAAUCCCAUUUAGGAUGCCUGCCGCUUUACGCGGUCUGGAAGUUUCGCUUGAGCAAACGGAAAAGUCACCCCCCACACUCGUGGUGACCGUCAAGAACAACAAUGAGGGACCUGUGACGCUUCUCACAUACGGAUCUCCCCUUGAUCCUUUGGCACCUCAGCUCGGUAUGCUGUACAUCACGCCCGAGGCAGAGACGGAGCCUUUGGAGAUUACGCAGCUGGAGGUUCAGAGGCAGUGGCCGCCUGCCGACGACGCUGUUGUGGAGAUUGCUGCUGGGGGGAAGAAGCUGCAUGAGCUCACUCUCAUGGAACCUGUUAUUCCUAUGGAUCUUGUGUUUGGUAAAGCGACUGUUCAGCUCAGGGGCAAGUGGCAGGCCGUCUGGCCAACUGAGAAGAGCGCCGUCAACAAGACAGCCCUGGAGGCUGGCGGAGCGGGAGAAGAUGCUCUCACGGGCAGUUUUGAAUCCAAUAUCAUCGAUAUUGCCACCGACUAA